CUCUAGCAUUUAACAAUUGCAAUCUCAGUACAUAUGUUGAGAAUUGCUUGACAAUACUGCAAAAUAAUGAUCGCAAUAUUCCAAAAUGUAUUAUCAGAAUUGACAUCGCACAUUUAAUAAAAUUAGUCUGCCGUUGGAAAUGUUUCAAUGACAAACACGCACUUGCCUUCUCAGAAACAGAAGAUAUUUCAGAAACAGAACAUAUGAAUGAUAAUACAAUUACAUGUUUCAAGGCUCAACAGCGAUUAUUACAAAUUAUCAAAACCAAUGAUUUUCCAUAUUAUGAAGAAGGUACAAAUGAAUGCUUGGAAGAGAUUCCUAAUUACGAAUCUGGUAUGAAGAAUAUACGCGCAGAUAAAUUUCUAAUAUCACAUAUAAGAUCACUCGCGGGUACCAUGAAAAUCUUAAACGCUGAUACAAUAACGUCCAAUAAAACCCAUGAAUUUUCCAAUGAUAUGAUAAACUGCAAUGAAGUAAGUUCGAAUGAAAGUGAAGUUUAUAUGUCUCAACAUAAUGAUGAAUGUUAUAAUGAAGAUGAUAGUAUGGAUACAUCGAUAGCACAUUAUUCGCCAAAUAAAGAGCAUUCGACAUAUUCACUCACACCUUUUUUAAAUGAGGUUGAAACCUGGAAAAGCCCAAAAAAUAAAGUUUUAAAACGAGAAUGGCAAUAUCUUACGCCCACAAAAUAUUUCGGGCCAACAUAUCAUGAUAAAAAAUACAUGUGCGUUUGA